AUUCAGUCAUAAACGUUUAAGUUACUUAGACAACACUAUAUCUGAGAUUUAAGAAUAAUCUAAUACGAUCUGAGUGGAAAUUUGGAUAUUCUUUGUGAUUGAUCACAAAUUUUUGGGUAAUAAAAUAGAACUUGGGAAAACUUCUAAUAUUUGUUAUGAAUCCGACGACUGUAAACAUUUCGCAAAAUACUUCCCGGGUAUUUGAUCAAGCUUUCGUUUCAAGGACCAAUGGUGAAGGUAAAAGAUGCUGUUACAAUAUGUAAACAAUCCCGAUCCUUUGAAAUAAAACAUGCUUAGUAAUAAUUAAAUAAAAUACAUAAUUAUAAUCUAUCCGUUCGAAUUCUUAUACAUUUAGCACAAAAUCAAUCAAUGGCUGAAAUCUUAUGUUUUAUAUUUACAGCAAUGAUUAAGGCACAGCCUUAUGUAUCCUUUGUCGAGCAACCUCAAGAAAGAGGAUACCGAUUUCGAUACGAGAGCGAAGGAGCCACACACGGCGGCAUACAAGGCGACAAUACUAAAAAAAGUAAAAAAACGUACCCAUCUGUUCAAGUUCAUAACUUUCGUGGUAACGUUAAAGUUGUCGUUCAGUUAGUUACAACUGACUUGCAGCCGAUUCUUCAUCCUCACAAAUUGGUGGGUAAGCACUGCAAAUACGGCUUCUACGUUCAAGAUUUUCAACCGAAUGAUAAAAUGACAUUUACACUGCAAGGUUUGUCUAUAAUUCAUGUGACAAAAAAGGAGGUACCGGAAUUAUUAGCCAAAAGAAUUGAAGAUGAUAAAAUCUUUAAAUCUGAGAUAUUAAGAGCAUCUGAUCUAUCAUACGAGCAACCUUGGAGUCAAGAGAUAGACGAGAAUACUUCUAAAAAUAUAGCAAUGAAUGCUGUUAAACUAAAAGUAUCAGUCUAUUUAACGGAUGCUGAGAGUGGACGAAUUAUGACCCCUAAUCCAUUUUGGGCAUACUCAAAUAUCGUUCACGAUAGCAAAUGUACAAAUGGUACGAAUCUAAAGAUUACCAGAAUUGAUAAAAAAGAAGGAUGCUGUACAGGAGGCGAUGAAAUUUUUCUGUUAUGCGAAAAAGUUCAGAAAAAUGACAUUGAAGUUCGUUUCUAUGAGACUAACGCUCAAGGAGAGCUUGUUUGGGAGGAUUUCGGUAAGUUUGGAGUGCAAGAUGUUCACAAACAAUUCGCAAUUGUUUUCCGUACUCCUGCUUACCACGAUACUAAAAUAAUAAGAGACGUUACUGUUUUCAUGCAAUUACGAAGGAAACAAGAGAGAGAAGCGAGUAACUCCAUUUCAUUUGUAUACGUUCCGGAACGAUCAGAAAUGGCUAGCAUAGCCAGGAAAAGAGCGAAACGACUACCAAGUUCGUUGAAUCCAAGUCAUCCUUCUCACUUUCCGCAUCAGCCCGAUCAUUCAAAUAAUAUUUCUCAAGGAAGAACUUUCAAUGGUGGAGAAUUUCCAAAUAUUCCAGAUUCGAUGCCAAAACAGAAUUCUGGACCAAUGGAAUAUAGCUAUGAACAUUUAUUGUGUACAAUCUUUCCAGAGCAAGUUGAACAAGGUUGGAGUCCAGGACCAAUGAACGAUGCUUUGAACGAGAUCGACCAACUUAUCUGUAAUUACAUGCCGUCUGAAGAAAGUAACGGAGGAGAUAGUGGUAUAGACUCUUCCGAAACACCAUAUGAAAGUCCAUUACCAGAUAUUGGUAGUUUUGAAGGUUCUGACAACUUUGACAUAGAUAAUUUAAAAGUUGAUGAUUUAGAGAGUGACGCUGCUCCAGCAUCUCCACAUCCGAUUCAAAGCGAAACGAGUCCAAAGAAUAGACUGAGGAAUAUAUGUUCAACACAAUUACAGUUCUUGAAAACUCUGUGUCCAAUGAAUGUCGAUUACGAGACAACCUUAUACGUAGCCGUUUUAUGCGGCGAAUUGUUCAUUCCAAGUGUCGCUUUCCUCCUAAAGGCGGGUGAAAAACUCUCGAUAAGGGAUGAACGGAAAAAUACACCAUUACAUAUUGCCAUUCGUCAACGAUAUUCAGUCAACUUUAUAAGGAUACUUUUACAAGCUCAAGACAUUAGUGAUUGCAUUAAUUCACCGAAUAUUGAUGGCCAAACUCCGUUACAUUUGGCAGUAAGUAGCAACAAUCUACCAGUUGUCGAGGCUCUUAUAUGCGGGGGAGCCAAAUUGAAUAUUGAAAAUAGUAAAAAUGGUAGAACACCUUUAUACCUGGCUGUUAAUAAUCAGUAUCACGAAAUAGUUGAAGUUUUAGUAAAUCACGUUGAUAAUGUCGAUCUCGCGGACGGUUCUGGCUAUACACCUCUGGCAGUAGCCGUCUUAAACAACGACUUGAAAUCUGCUAAUAUGUUAAUACAAGCCGGAGCUGAUCCAGACGAACUUCAGGAUGAUGGCUUGCCAAUUAUCCUAUCAGAUCUUUCUGAAAAGGUAGAAAUUUACUUAAACAAUUAA